CCUCAAGAUUUGGAGCAGUCCCUACUAGACAAGUUGAUAAUGACACCAGAAAUCCCUCCAGAUGCUGUUCAGGACAGAAGCCUUUGCAGUUUACCACCACUGGUGAGAAGGUGCAUGGUGGGAGUCUUUGUGGAAUUCAUAGUCUCUCCGAGCCAGUUCUACAUCCAUGUCUGCAGCAGGGAAACGUCUGAUAAACUGCAGGAUAUGAUGAUUGAGAUGAGACGGUGUUACUCACAUAAACUGGUUUCUGAUCGUUACAUCAUGCCUGAGUCUUCAGUACGGCCUGGACAGCUUUGCUGUGUAAUGGUCUCAAAAUGGUGGUACCGUGUUAUCAUCCACCGUGUGAUCAAUGACCAAGAAGUGGAGGUGUUCUGUGCAGAUUAUGGAAACCUCGAAAUUGUUCAGAAGUCUUGUCUGAGAUUCCUCAAGUGGUGCUACUUGAAGCUCCCUGCUCAGGCCAUCCCGUGUUCCUUGGCAUGGGUAAAACCCGUGGAGGGUACGUGGUCCAAUGCGGCAACUCUCCUCUUCAGGAAGCUGUGUGGCUCCAACCUACUAGUGGGCCUCGUGGAUGAGUAUGUGAAUGGCAUUUUGCAUCUCUUCUUGUGUGACACAUCCACCAAGGAGGACGUCUACUUCCACUGUGUCUUGAGGGAUGAGGGAUAUGCUGAUGACUGCAAAGAGAAUGUCCCUUCCCAGGGAUUCAUGGAACUGAAUCCUUUGGCCUUGUACGUUCAGCCCAGUGGACAGCAGGAGAAUGCUGAGCUGGUGGAGCCAGACCUUCACUUGCAACAGGAAUCUCUAGAUGCAGAUGGUGAAACAGCAGCCUCAAAGCUGGAUGGGGAUGAACUGUGUGACCAGCAGUGGCACCUGUCUGCUAAGAAGGAGACACAGGAUGAUGUGCAGCCACUUUUGAAUGACGUGAGUGUCCCAAGAACAACAGACCAAGACCCUGUACUGGCACAGGAGGAUACAAAUGAAACUCCUGCAGAGCUGAUGGCAGUGGUUAAGUCAGUGGAAGACUUUCACACCUCUUUUACCUACUCCGAGCAACGAGCAGAAAUGAGCCAAGAUGACCCUGAUCAGAUAGAGGGAUUUUCCAACAAGGCCCAACUUCGUGAAGCUAUACAUCCCUCCGUUCUGCUUAUGGCAAUGCCGUUUGUGCUGCACAACCGUAACAAUGGAGAGGAAAUGAAGAACAAAGAUCUUCCUGGGAGUCCUGUGGUUGGCCUGUGGAGUGCCAGUGGGCUGUCUGACCAAGGGCCAUCUCGGAAACCGUAUGUCCCUCCUGCCACCCUCUCUGCCGUGUUGGCAGCUGCACACUUGGCCACUUCCAGCGGCUACUUCCAGUGGCUCCCCAGCCUGAGAAAGAAGGUUUGA